AUGAGGUUGAUCUCCUGCCGACCCUUGCUCGGGCGAGGUGCAUCAGCAGCAUCAUACACAUGUCGAGCUGCUUACUCGAGUACUUCACUCGCUAUCAGACUACGUGAUGAACUCACUACGCGAAAGCUCCCAUUGACCUACGACUAUCUACACCCUCAACCCUCACAUCUUCUCAACCUCACCCUUGCCGACCUACUCGCGCAAUCACAAUCACAAUCACACUCACGCUCAGACCCAAGCGAAACAUCAAACGAAACACAGACUCAAGCACAGACUCUCCCAGUCCUCCCUUCAAUCCAACGCCCCUCGCCGCUCCCGAUCGCACAUCACUUGAUCUACUUCCCGCCCCAGGUAUCCCUGUCGCAAUUACUUCCCGACGGCACCGAUAUCCUCCAUACCCCUGGUGAUCCAUUUAACCGACGGCUCUGGGCAGGUGGUAAUAUCCGCUUUCCAGGACCAGGCCCCCUCCUCGACGGCAGCCGGGCCGUCUGCAUCGAAUCGAUCCGCAACGUGACCGUCAAGGGACGCGAGGGGGCGGAGAAGGUGAUUGUCACUAUUGAGCGACGAGUGAGCACGGUACCCGAGGGCGAGACGGAGGCGGAGAGUUGGCGACGCAUUUGGACCGAAGAUGAGACUUGUCCUGGGGAGUCGAGUCUUGUUGAGAAUCGAGACUUGAUCUUUAUGCGGGCUAAGAGUGUGGAUGAGAUUCGGGCUGAUCGGGAGUCGUUUGGGAGACCUGGUCGGAUUGUCAAAUCGCCUUCUCAUGCGACAUUCCGUCAUUCAAUCUUGCCCACUAAGGCCCUUCUCUUCCGAUUCUCGGCACUGACAUUCAAUGCACAUUCUAUCCAUCUUGACAAGGAUUAUACCCAGAACCAAGAAGGAUAUCGAAAUUGUCUUGUGCAUGGCCCUUUGACUCUGACCCUGCUGCUCAGUGUGCUCCAGCGUCAGCUUCAACCACUCAAUCUCCAAGUCAGCCAUUUCGAAUACAAGAAUCUGGCGCCUCUCUUUGUUGAGGAGGAGUUGACUGUCUGUGGUAAGCCUAAGAAUGAGAGUGGGGCUUGGGAUGUUUGGAUUGAGGGUCCUGAUGGUGGGUUGGCUGUGAGGGGGACGGCGAAGACUUGUGAGAGAGCAUGA